UCAAAAUUAAGAGCUAGGGACUGGUGUAGAAAGUAUAAAUUGGCAAUAGUGCCGUCGAGUUUGGUGCCAAUAAAACCUCACGGUCCCCCUUCCAUAACCAAACCGGCAUCGGAACGGCAGUGAGCGCUUUUCAUCAUCUUAAGCGUUAGCUAUUUCUAGCCGAGUAUCCCGACCUUCUCACGGAAAGCGAUCCGUUGAGCAGGCGGAAUGGCAUCUGCUUCGCCCAUUGAGACGUUCGCACCCGCCUCUAACGGCUCCAACAGCGGGAGUGCCUCUCCCCGACAGCCCAUAACUCCGAAACAUGUUCAAUUCGAACUUCUCUUCCCUGAGUCUCCUCAAUAUCGCGCACGACUCCCAUUGCGUGUACAGAUCUACCCACACGAUGACACCGAAUCAAUAAUUUCGACUGUCAAAAACUUCUAUGGCCUCUACCACGGGGGUAAAGGCGUUAGCUUUGAAGAUGAUCGGGGUAAUACGCUCAUCGCGAGGUACGAGAACUUUAGUAACAACAUGAUUGUCUAUGUGAGAGUCAUUGAGGAGUCUCCUCCGCCCGCGGGAGCCUUUGGGCCGAAUGGUUUCCAGCCGGCGCCGAUUGAGUAUGGUAGCCAACAAUUAGGGCACCACAUCUCGAGACCUGCGUCGAGAACAUCUCGAAAGCGCAGCCCGUCGCCCAACGGCACUCGCGGUAGACGUAGCGCGUCUGCCAGCACGAACCCGACAGCUGGAAAGAAGGGUCGCUCUCGCUCUACCAAGAAUCGCGGGACGAACUAUGAUAAUCGUAGCGAUAGCAUCAACGGCUACGAUAGUGGAGACGGCGCUCCCGCCUCCGUAUCCAGCAAGGCGAAGGAGCAGAUCGGCAACACUGACAUAAGCGUUGAAAACAUCGUAGAAGGCGGUCGCCGAAAGCGCGCCAAGUUUGAAAGCUCCGAGCUGCCACUUUUUGCGCCACCUCAGAUACCUACUACUACGUCCAAUCCUUCGGUCUCUCCCGUCCGCCGUGUCGAGCACCAACGACCUGCCUUCCCAUUCCCACAUCCCGGACAGAACGCUUUCACAAACGCUCGAGCUCUUCAAUCUCCACAGAGUUAUAGCAAUGGAUAUGGUCAAGCAGGCAUGUUCGCGACACCCAUGAGCGACACCCGCCGUCAUCGCGGCAGCAUCGGCUAUCCGGGCAAUGGUAGCGGCAUCCUGCCAACUCCUGACCCAACUAUCGGAAGCUGUGUUUCCGAAGAAGACAAAGAUGUGGCAAUCCAGCUUAUGAGACUGGGUGAAAUGUCCAACAUUUCCCAUGGCAGAACAUCUGCCUCAACAUUGGAUGAUACCUUUAGCGGCAAGGCCGAUGUCGCAUCGUCAACCGGUGCCACGAGCGACGCUGAUAGUGAAAGCGAAAGCGAGCUACCGCCUUCGCGUCGCCAGAAGCUUGACCUUCCCAGUACCAAUCGCAAGGUCUAUCAAACAACACACAACCAUUUCAUGCCGUCGCGCGAAAGUGUCGAUGCUAGCGGCGAUGACGCUGACUACGAGGACGGCCCUGAGGAUGGCCCCCUUGGAGCCCCCAAGCUGAACGAGCCUAAGCCUAAGACCCAGCAACCCGGAAAGCCACAAGCACCGGGUCCUAAGACGGUCAAAGCUAAAGCUCCUAAAGCUCCUAAGGUUACUAAGGCUAAGAAGGUGAACGCCGUCGCCGGUAUCAUUGGUCCCAUGUCACCUGCGUCUCUACCAAACCAGUCGCGCAAGCCUUCUGUCGCGUCGACUACAGCCGCCCCAGGACAGGCCGGUGAGGACGAUCAGCCAGAUCUGUCCACCAAGCCACGAUGCCAGCGAUGUCGCAAGAGCAAGAAGGGUUGCGACCGUCAGCGACCGUGCGGCCGAUGCCGCGAUGCCGGUCUCAGCGCUGACCAAUGCAUUAGCGAGGACGAAGGCAACGGCCGAAAGGGCCGCUAUGGUCGCCACAUGGGUGUUCCCAUCAAGACGGCUGAGGUUCCCGGCCCACCCACUCUACUGCCAGCCGCCCCCAUUACGGCGCCUGCUGUAGCAGGGGACAAGAAUAAGAAGCGCAAGCGGUAGAUCACCUGAUCUACAAACAAUGCGCUCAUCAAUGACUCGAAACUCGGCAAUAUGUAUCGUGCAACUCGGACAAGCGCUGCUUUUUUCUUUUCUUUUUGUUUUCUCAAUCGCAUCGACAUCAACUGUUGCGAGUC